CACAGUUAAUCAGGAGACAUCCUAUAAAGAGCUCUGGUGUCACCUCACUGCUUCAUUGUAUCCAGACAGGUUCAGUCGUGUGGUUUGCUGGGAGCUGAGGCGACUGAUUUUGCUGCUUCGCUGAUUUAGGUCUGUGGCAGGAGCCAUGGGGUUUCUGUUAAGGUGGAUGCUGUUGUCCUUGCUCGCUGUAGGAAGACGUCAAGCUGAUGCUUACAGAAUCGGAUCCGUCAAGAAUCAUGUGCCAGUUUAUCGACCAGCUUUCCUGAAGUUUAACACUGGAGACAAAUCUUCUUUGAGCACUGGACCACGUGGUGAUGACUCAACCUCCGAGGUGGUGGAGCCUAAUCAGCCGACUCAAGAGCCGAGCUCCCAGCAGCCGCAGGUGCCCCAGCAAUCCCAGCAAGUCCCCAACCGCCUCAGGGCCCCAGCAGCCUGCGUACCCGGCCCAGCAAUCCCAGCAGCCUGCGUACCCGGCCCAGCAAUCCCAGCAGCCUGCGUACCCGGCCCAGCAAUCCCAGCAGCCUGCACUGCCCAGCAAUCCCAGCAGCCUGCGUACCCGGCCCAGCAAUCCCAGCAGCCUGCGUACCCGGCCCAGCAAUCCCAGCAGCCUGCGUACCCGGCCCAGCAAUCCCAGCAGCCGUACCGCCCAGCAAUCCCAGCAGCGCGGGCCCAGCAAUCGCAGUGCCCAGCCCCACAAUCCCAGCGGCUGCCCUGCGUACACGGCCCAGCAAUCCAGCAGCCUGCGUCGCCCGCAAUCGCAGGUGCCCCAGCCCCGCAAUCCCAGCAGCCUGCGUACCCGGCCCAGCAAUCCCAGCAGCCUGCGUACCCGGCCCCGCAAUCCCAGCAGCCUGCGUACCCGGCCCAGCAAUCCCAGCAGCCUGCGUACCCAGCCCCGCAAUCGCAGGUGCCCCAGCCCCAGCAAUCCCAGCGGCCUGCGUACCCGGCCCCGCAAUCGCAGGUGCCCCAGCCCCAGCAAUCCCAGCAGCCUUCGUACCCGGCCCCGCAAUCCCAGCAGCCUUCGUACCCACCCCAUCAAUCCCAGCAGGUGCCCCAGAGACGGAUGCCCCAGCAGCCUGCAUACCCACCCCAGCAAAUUCAGCUGCCAGUCUACCCAUUCAAGCGGCCUCAGGUCCCCAGGCAACCCCAGCGACCUCGCUACCUGCACAAGCAGCUUAGCUACCCACGGCAGCAGGUGCCAAAGAAUACUGGUUUCCCACUCAUGCAGCGCAAACGGCCCUCUGCCUUAGCAGACUUGAUACGUGCUCAAGAUGCUGCUGCCUGACGUUCCCAAGCAGCUAUGGGGUUCAAACUGAGUGUACAUGUGACGGGCACCACAACAUGGAUGUUUCAACUGAACCAUUAUAUGGAUAUAUUUAAAUAAACUAAUGUGUCUUGA